AUGUCAAAGAAUAAAGAUCCGAAUUCAUUAUUAAAUAUCCAACAUGAUUUUAUUUAUAACUUAAUUAAAAAUGUACAAAUCCCAGGGCAAUUAUAUAAUUUGAUCCUUGAUGAUAAUUCAGAAGAAUUAAUUUAUCAUGUUAUUCAAAAAGAACAACUUCUAAGAAUAGUUGCAAGUAUUGAAAAAAUAGAUGCAAAAAGAAGACAAUCUACGUAUAUGACUGGUAUUUAUUUUUGUGAUUUAAAUAUUUAUAAUUUAAAAUGUAUAUUAAGUGAUGUUCAAACAAAUAGAUAUAAGGCCGGUAUGGGAUUAUUUAAUAAGCAGAUUUCUAAUCCUAGAAAUGAUAAAUUUUGGGAUUCAAAAUUUAUAAAUCAACCAAAAGUUCUUAAAUAUUUUAAUGAUCAAAUUCAAUUUAUUAAUUCAAAUUUUUACCCUGUUGAAUCAAGAGUAUUUUUACCAGAUAAUAAGACUCCAAAUUCAAUGCCAAUUUAUUACAAUUCAAAUUGUCAUGAUUUUGUUCUACCUCAAGUUCAAAAGGUUGCUAAUUGUCUAUUAAAUUUAAUGAUUGUAAUGGAUGAAUAUCCAUUAAUUAGAUAUUACUCACCACAACAAGGAAAUUAUGAAGCCAAAACUCUUCCUCAAUUAAUUGCUCAAGAAUUUCAACAACAAUUAGAUGAAUAUUAUAGAAAUAAUGAAUCAUAUUCACCCCAAUCUAAUCCAAAUAAACAAAGAGCAAUAUUAUUAAUUUGUGAUCGUACUUUAGAUUUAUAUGCUCCUUUGUUACAUGAAUUUAGUUAUCAAGCUAUGGCAAUGGAUAUAAUUGAAUCUUUAGAAAGGGAAAAUGUAUAUAAAUAUCAAACUGAAAAUGAAAAAGGUGAGAUAAAUGAUGUGGAAACUACUUUAGAUAAUGAAAAUGAUGAAGAUUGGAUUAAUUUAAGACAUUUACAUAUUAUUGAAUCAUCUGAGUUAAUUUAUAAUAAAAUUUCAGAACUUAUCAAAAAUAAUCCAAUGAUGAUUGAUAGAUCAAAAGCAAGUACUUCUUCAGAUUUAAUGUAUAUAGUUGCACAUUUAAAAGGUUUUGAUGAAGAAAGAAAACAAUUAACAUUACAUAAAUCUUUAAUUGAUAAAUGUUUAGAUAUUAAUGCAAAUAGAAAAUUAGCAGAGUUUGCUGCCGAUAUGGAACAAACCUGUUGUGCAAAUGGGAUCACCUUUGAAGGUGAAAAAAAUUCCCAUUUGCACGAUGAUCUAAUUGUAUUAUUAGCAAGAGAUGAUUUGCAUAUUAAUGACAAAAUCAGAUUAAUCCUCAUUUAUACUUUUUAUAGAGGAGGAUUAAUCCGAAAUGAUUUUGAGAAACUAAUUAAAUUUAUUGGUGUAAAUGAUAAAUAUAUUACUGGUUUAGUUGAAAAAUGCUUUAAUAACGUCGAUAAAUUGGGAUUUGAAUUAUUUAAAAACCUGGUAAAAGAUAAAAAUUUUGACAAAUUUUGGUAUCAUCAAAUUAAUAAUGAAGGAACAUAUAAUACUUCAAGAUUUAUACCUGGUGUCAAAAGAGUUUUAAUAAAUGCAACUAAACAUACGUUAGAUAAAGAACAAUUUCCAUAUUCAAGAGAUCAACCAUUAGAAGAAGAUUUACCAAAGAACACAACCAAUAAUGACCUUCAAUCUAAUGGAAGUUUAAGAAAUUCAAGAAUAAAAGCUUCAUGGGCUACUAAUUCAAGAAAUUCAGGUAGUAUAUCUUCUGGUAAACAAAAACAAAGAAUAUUUGCAUUUGUAGCAGGUGGUAUGACAUAUAGUGAAAUUAGAUCAAUUUAUGAAUUAACAUCAUCAAUGAAUAAAGAAUUUUAUAUUGGUUCAGAAUCUAUUUUAAAACCAAGAGAUUUCUUAAUUGGUUUACAAUCAAUUGGUCAAAAUAAAAAUUUACAAGAUUUAAAUUUGAAUAUAGUUAAAGAAUUAACUGAACAAAAGGAAGUUCCAUUAUAUUUAUAUGAAGAUGGAAGAUCAUCAAUACCUACAAAUGGACAAAACAAUCAAUAUAACCAACAACCAUCCUUACCUAAAUUAUCAUCACAAGAUCAACAAUUCCAUCAACAGGUGCAACAACAACAACAAAUAUAUCAACAAAAACAUAAAGGUGAAAUACCAUCAACUCAAGCACCAAGUCAUUAUCAAAAAAGACAGCAAGCACCACAACAAUUACCACCUUCUUCUUCUGAUUCUUCAAGUUCAACAUCAAAAUCAAAACGUUCAAAAUUGAAAAAAUUAUUUAAAUAG